AAAAGAAGUCGUCAGUGCCUAGGAACUUUUUCAGUUGGGAGGUGGUGAAGCUGCAACUUGCGCCGUAUAACACUCCAUCGAGAUCUUGGUCGCCGGUCUUGGGCCUGUUUAAGAAUCCUGGCAUCACGUGUGGCGAAGACAUGGCUGAUCAGUUUUCUGACAGAAGUGGGUAAAUUUCCGGAUUGGUAAAUUUCCUGACAGGAAAUUUCAGGGAACCAAAAAAGGCUCGAAGAACAUGAAGAUGGAGCAGUCAUAAACCGCCCACGCAAGGACCAUCUCCUUCAGGACCAUCCACACGAGACUCAGAUUGUCUGAAUUGAGCUAUCGCAACUUAAUGCUAAAAGCUCCUUAAAACUACAGAUUUAUGACAUAGUUCCUUCCAAAAUAUUACAUCGUAAUCAUUGAGAAGAUUAAAAAAAACACUUGAAGGAAUUGUAGUUUUAAACAACUCUUUGCAUAUAUUUUGGAUAGUUACUAGGUUACUUUUAACUGUCAUUAAGGAGCACAGACUUACUGAAGCUUUACUGGACGGAAUCCUGGGAAACUAAUUUCAUUAUAAGGUUAUAUUUCCCAGUUAGUGGAGACCUCAUUGCAGUCAUGGCUUUCACAAAUUACAGCAGUCUGAAUCGAGCCCAGCUAACCUUUGAAUAUCUGCACACAAAUUCAACCACUCAUGAAUUCUUGUUUGGUGCUCUUGCUGAACUGGUUGAUAAUGCAAGAGAUGCUGAUGCCACCAGAAUAGAUAUUUAUGCAGAAAGACGAGAGGACCUUCGAGGAGGAUUUAUGCUUUGCUUUUUGGAUGAUGGAGCAGGAAUGGAUCCAAGUGAUGCUGCCAGUGUGAUCCAGUUUGGAAAGUCGGCCAAGCGAACACCUGAGUCCACUCAGAUUGGGCAGUACGGGAAUGGGUUAAAAUCGGGCUCAAUGCGCAUUGGGAAGGAUUUUAUCCUGUUCACCAAGAAGGAAGACACCAUGACCUGCCUCUUCCUGUCUCGCACCUUUCAUGAGGAAGAAGGCAUUGAUGAAGUGAUAGUCCCACUGCCCACCUGGAAUGCUCGGACCCGGGAGCCUGUCACAGACAAUGUAGAGAAAUUUGCCAUUGAGACAGAACUCAUCUACAAGUACUCUCCCUUCCGCACUGAGGAGGAAGUGAUGACCCAAUUUAUGAAGAUUCCUGGGGACAGUGGAACAUUGGUGAUCAUCUUCAAUCUCAAACUCAUGGAUAAUGGAGAGCCAGAACUAGACAUAAUCUCAAAUCCAAGAGAUAUCCAGAUGGCAGAGACGUCCCCAGAGGGCACGAAGCCAGAGCGGCGCUCAUUCCGUGCCUAUGCCGCUGUGCUCUAUAUUGAUCCCCGGAUGAGGAUCUUCAUCCAUGGGCACAAGGUGCAGACCAAGAGGCUCUCGUGCUGCCUGUACAAGCCCAGGAUGUACAAGUACACGUCAAGCCGUUUCAAGACCCGUGCCGAGCAGGAGGUGAAGAAAGCAGAGCACGUAGCAAGGAUUGCUGAAGAGAAGGCGCGGGAGGCGGAGAGCAAAGCUCGGACAUUAGAAGUACGCUUAGGGGGAGACCUCACGCGGGACUCCAGGGUGAUGUUGCGACAGGUCCAGAACACAGCCAUCACUCUGCGCAGAGAAGCUGAUGUCAAGAAGAGGAUCAAGGAGGCCAAGCAGCGGGCACUUAAAGAACCUAAGGAACUGAAUUUUGUUUUUGGGGUCAACAUUGAACACCGGGACCUGGAUGGCAUGUUCAUCUACAACUGUAGCCGGCUGAUCAAAAUGUAUGAGAAAGUGGGCCCACAGCUGGAAGGGGGCAUGGCAUGCGGUGGGGUUGUUGGGGUUGUUGACGUGCCCUACCUAGUCCUGGAGCCUACACACAACAAACAGGACUUUGCUGAUGCCAAGGAGUACCGGCACCUGCUCCGAGCAAUGGGGGAACACCUGGCGCAGUAUUGGAAGGACAUUGCCAUUGCCCAGCGGGGAAUCAUCAAGUUCUGGGAUGAGUUUGGCUACCUCUCUGCCAACUGGAACCAGCCCCCAUCCAGCGAGCUGCGUUACAAACGCCGGAGAGCUAUGGAAAUCCCUACCACCAUCCAGUGCGAUUUGUGUCUGAAAUGGAGAACCCUCCCCUUCCAGCUGAGUUCUGUGGAAAAAGAUUACCCUGACACCUGGGUUUGCUCCAUGAACCCUGAUCCUGAACAGGACCGGUGUGAGGCUUCUGAACAAAAGCAGAAGGUUCCCCUGGGAACAUUCAGAAAGGACAUGAAGACGCAGGAAGAGAAGCAGAAACAACUGACAGAGAAAAUUCGCCAGCAGCAGGAGAAGCUGGAGGCCCUUCAGAAAACCACACCCAUCCGCUCCCAAGCAGACCUGAAGAAAUUGCCUUUGGAAGUGACCACCAGACCUUCCACUGAGGAACCUGUGCGUAGACCUCAGCGUCCUCGGUCGCCCCCUUUACCUGCUGUGAUCAGGAACGCCCCCAGCAGACCCCCUUCUUUGCCAACUCCUAGACCAGCCAGCCAGCCCCGAAAGGCUCCUGUUAUCAGCAGUACCCCAAAGCCCCCUGCUUUGGCAGCCCGGGAGGAGGCCAGCACAUCCAGGCUGCUCCAGCCACCUGAGGCACCCCGAAAGCCUGCCAACACUCUUGUUAAGACUGCAUCCCGACCUGCCCCUCUGGUGCAGCAACUGCCACCAUCUUUACUGCCCAACUCCAAGAGCCCUCGGGAGGUUCCUUCUCCCAAAGUCAUCAAGACUCCAGUGGUGAAGAAGACAGAGCCACCCAUCAAACUCUCCCCGGCUACCCCUAGUCGGAAGAGGAGUGUCGUGGUUUCUGAUGAGGAAGAAGUUGAGGAAGAAGCUGAGAGGAGGAAGGAGAGAUGCAAGCGGGGCAGAUUUGUUGUGAAGGAGGAAAAGAAGGACUCGAAUGAGCUCUCAGACAGUGCUGGGGAAGAGGACUCGGCUGACCUCAAGAGAGCUCAGAAAGAUAAAGGGCUUCACGUGGAGGUGCGUGUGAACAGGGAGUGGUACACGGGCCGUGUCACAGCCGUGGAGGUGGGCAAGCAUGUGGUGCGGUGGAAGGUGAAGUUUGACUACGUGCCCACAGACACGACACCAAGAGACCGCUGGGUGGAGAAAGGCAGUGAGGAUGUGCGGCUGAUGAAGCCCCCUUCUCCGGAACAUCAGAGCCUUGACACGCAGCAGGAGGGCGGGGAGGAGGAGGCGGACCCUGUGGCCCAAGAGGCCAUAGCCGUGGCAGAGCCCUCCACUUCCGAAUGCCUCCGCAUUGAGCCUGACACCACUGCCCUGAGCACCAAUCAUGAGACCAUCGACCUGCUCGUCCAGAUCCUCCGGAAUUGUUUACGGUACUUCCUGCCUCCAAGUUUCCCCAUCUCCAAGAAGCAGCUGAGUGCUAUGAAUUCAGAUGAGCUAAUAUCUUUCCCUCUGAAAGAGUACUUCAAGCAAUAUGAAGUAGGGCUCCAAAACCUGUGCAAUUCCUACCAGAGCCGUGCUGACUCCCGGGCCAAGGCCUCCGAGGAAAGCCUGCGUACCUCCGAGAGGAAGCUCCGCGAGACGGAGGAGAAGCUGCAGAAGCUGAGGACCAACAUCGUGGCACUCCUGCAAAAGGUGCAGGAGGACAUAGAUAUCAACACAGAUGAUGAGCUGGACGCCUACAUUGAGGACCUCAUCACCAAGGGGGACUGAAGGCGGGAGAGAGAGCAGCUCCCCUGCCCACCUGCCCUUCAACCCUGUAGCUGCAGGGGGAGGGGGCUUCAUUCAUGGGUUGGUGGUCGCACCUUGGUUUGACUUACAGGGGACAUUUGUGUUUUUGGAGGGAAAGAUACCCUGAUUCUUUGAAUCUUCCUCCUUAAGUUUAUAAAUAUUUAUUUUUUAAAAGAA